ACGUCGUCAUCGUGCGGAGGCAGCUGUACGUGUGGCGCGGGAAGCGGUGAUAGUGGUGCGUGCGGUGGUGGUGGUGACGAUGCCGGUGGCUGUGCCGAUUGUGGUGGCUGUGCCGAGCCUGACGAUGAAGAUGAGGAGUUGUAUGAAACAACAAGCGAAGAAGAAGAGGAUGACGAUGAAGAGGAGUUGGCUGAUGAAGACGCUGGUCUCAGCUUGAACACGGACGGCGGUGUGAUUGAUCUCGAGGACAUGGGAAAGGUUGUGAAGAAAAUGAAGAAGGCCAAGAAAGAUCGCGCCGCAGAGGAAGCAGCUGACCAGCAAGUGGCACUGAAAUCUAUCGGUGGUCGAAAGGCAGCAGAGCGUAGAGAGAUGGUUACUCCUAUGUUGAGGAAAGCACUGACCAAACAGGGUUAUCAAAUUGUCGGCAGUCAUUCCGGCGUGAAAUUGUGUAGGUGGACAAAGUCCAUGAUGCGUGGACGUGGUGGUUGCUACAAGCAUACUAUGUACGGCAUUCAGAGUCAUCAAUGUAUGGAAGCCACACCAAGUCUGGCAUGCGCUAACAAGUGUGUCUUCUGCUGGAGACAUCACACCAAUCCUGUGGGCACAGAAUGGCGGUGGAAGAUGGACGGACCGGAAAUGAUUGUUGAAGAAGGAAUGCUCAGCCAUUACAAGAUGAUCAAGCAGUUUAGAGGUGUUCCCGGUGUAAAACCGGAGCGUUUCUCUGAGGCACAUAACAUCCAGCACUGCGCUCUGUCACUCGUCGGUGAACCAAUCAUGUAUCCGGAAAUCAACGAGCUGUGUCGCCUACUGCACAAGAAGAUGAUCUCCACUUUCCUCGUCACCAACGCUCAGUUCCCCGAUGCUAUUCGCAACCUGGUACCAGUUACACAGCUGUACGUGAGCAUCGACGCCAGCACUAAGGAGUCGCUGAAGAAAAUCGACCGGCCGUUGUUCCGUGACUUCUGGCCACGCUUCCUGGACAGUUUACAAGCGCUAUCGGACAAGGGUCAGCGCACAGUCUACCGUCUGACGCUGGUGUCCGGCUGGAACACGGAGGAGAUGCAGGCCUACGCUAGUCUGGUUGCCCGCGGCAACCCGGACUUCAUCGAGGUGAAGGGAGUGACGUACUGUGGAGAUUCUAAAGCUUCCACUCUGACCAUGAAGAACGUACCGUGGCAUGAAGAGGUCGUGGGUUUUGUACAACAGCUAGCCGAUCUGUUGCCAGACUACGAGAUUGCGUGCGAACACGAGCAUUCCAACUGCUUGCUUGUAGCCCACAAGAAGUUCAAGAUUGACAAUAGAUGGCACACGUGGAUCGACUAUCCUAAAUUUCAUCAACUGAUGAGCGAGUAUGAGGCAAGCGGUGGUAAAUCUACGUUCAGCGCCCUCGACUACGUAGCGCCCACCCCAGCCUGGGCUGUGUUUGGUUGCGUUCAGCAAGGCUUUGACCCGCAGGAGACACGCUAUCAUCGCAAGCGUGGCAAGAAGGACAUUGGCGGAUGUUGAAACGUUUCCCGCAGCGCAGGCGCCCACAUGCACAGGGGCAACAUGAUCAUCAUUCUGGUGGUGAAUGAACGACGAUCCGGGCAUGUACUGGUAGUCCUGCUGGUUUUCCCCCGUGUUGAGGUUUGAGUAAUGGCAGCCAGUGCGUGUGGGUGUGUGUGGGUGUGUGGUGGUGAGUGUGUGGGUGUGGGUGUGUGGGUGUGGGUGUGUGGGUGAGUGCGUGUCGGUGCGUGUGUGGGUGGGUGUAUGCGUGUGUGUGUGUGUGCGCUGUGGUCAUCACCUGGACGGUAUCUGGCUGCUUGAGACUACAAUGCCAAGUAGUGGUGUUAGCCUGUGUAUACUCAUCACUCAUCGCUUAUCACGUAUCAUCACUUAUCAUCACUUAUCAUCAUCACUCAUCAUCAUCAUCACUUAUCAUCAUCACUUAUCAUCAUCACUUCAUUAUCACUUAUCAUUAUCAUACUCUCUACUACAUGACUACUGAGUGACCUGCCUUGCAAUGCUCGACCAGCCGACUACCGUUUCUGGAUUGCAUCAUUGCCUUACCUCAGCUAGCCAGUCAUGUGGGUGACGUAUUCGUGUUACAUCAUUAUCCGUGUGGAUGACACAAUGCAUCGUGUGUGGUCUGAUGAUGAUGAUGUCGUCGUGCAUCAAGUCGCACACUAUUGGUAAUGAGUAGCGGCAGUGCCACGUCACUAGCUGAUAAUAAUGAUGUCAUUGGUCUUGGUGAUGAUGUCAUUGUGCUAUUGCACAAUAGUCCUGGACUGCUGGUUGCCAACAGAGAACUGAAGAAUACUCUUUUGUUUUGCUCUUUUUCCCUGCCGGUCGGCUGCUGUUUAUGAUUCACUUGAGAGGCAUGAUUCUCAACUGUACAUUUUUUACCGUGUCCUUCCCGUCUCUCCCCCCCCCCCCCCCCGCAUUUCUUUAUUUUUUUCUACUUUCUUGACUCAACCCCAGUCACUGCGUGUCUUACUCUCCCCAGUAUUACUCAGUAAUUUCUUGAGCAACCACCUGCAUUGCCGGCUUGCUUUGGCCGAUCACUACGGUGAUCACACCGUGCCAGCAAGAGUAUUAUAAGCUCCCUGGGAGCCUAUAAUACUCUUGCUGGCACGGUGUGUGUGUGUGUGUGUGUGUGUGUGUGUGUGUGCGUGCGUGCGUGCGUGUGUGUACAUUACAGCCUCCUGCUUCUCUGUGGAGGAUCGGUGUUGCCGAAUCCUGUGCAGUGUGUCGCCAGUGCCAUGUUGUCUUUUUCCCCUGUUGACUGUAUCCCUUUUAGUUUACCUUCUCGUGAAAGCCCAGCUCUACGAAUUGAAGUCGUUGCCUUCUGUCCAUUGCA